AUGACGAAUGAAAUAAGCCAAGAGAAGUUAAAUCGUGUUUUCGACAGUCAUUAUUUUUAUUUAAAUAAAAAAUUACAAAUAGUAUCUGGCUUGUGGCCGUAUCAAAGUAGAAAAAGGAAAUUUAUUCACAAAUUAACGAUGCUUUGUUUCUUAGGUACUGCACUUGUCUUUCUUUUGAACGGACUUCGUCACUGGUGUGGGGUUGACAUAGACGUUUGUGGCGAAAAUCUUGUGGGGUUAAUUUACGUUAUUUCCGUGCUAUCAAAAUUGUUUAUAACAUCCUUAUACGAGGAAAAGUUCAAAAUAAUAUACACCAGAUUAGCAAUAAAUUGGUUGGAAUUAACAGACCCACAGGAACAUAAUAUCUUGAUAUCAUUUGCUAGACAAGCAAAGAUAAAAACUGUAGUUUAUUUCGUGUAUAUGGCGGCAGCUGGAGUUGGGUUUUGUCAAAUACCUAUGAUUCCAGUAUUUCUGGAUUUUAUAAAUCCGUUAAAUGAAACUCGACCAAAAAUAUUGUUUGUAAAGGCGGAAUUCAUUUUUGAUCCAUAUAAGUAUUUCUAUCAACUUUACGCAUUCUUCAUCGGAUGUGCUGCUUCUGCUGUUUUUAUAGUUUGCAGCAUAGAUACAACUUUUACAGCCGUUGUACACCAAAUUAUUGGUGUUGUUAGCAUAAUAAAGUAUCGAUUAAAUUGUGCUACAGUUAGUUUCAAUCCAAAUAAAGAUGUCAGCUAUAAAUUGAUUGUACACGCUAUACAACUACACAAAGAAGUCUUACAAUUUUCUGAUUUGAUAGAAAAAUCGUAUAAUAUAUUUUUUCUUGUAUUAACGGGUUUAACGGUGGUAUUCCUUAGCACUGGCGCUAUUGUAAUGCUGGUUCGCGUAGGUGCUAUGCUAGAUUUGAUUCGAUUAGUUUUGGUAUUAAUUGGUGCAAUCCUACAUUUUUUAUUUUUGACUUGGCCUGGGCAAAAUCUUAUUGAUCAUACAUCUGAUUUGUUUGCAGCUAUAUAUGCUACCGAAUGGUACAAUGUUUCUGAAAGAUCUAAAAAAUUACUAAGCAUCAUAAUGCUGAGAAGCUUGAAACCUUGUGUUUUCACUGCUGGUGGAUUAUACGUCAUGAAUUUGGAAAAUUUCGGAUCGAUAAUGAAAACUGCAGUCUCGUACAUGGCGGUUGUUUCUUCGUUUCGAUAA